AUGAACACAAGUUCUAGAAGAUGCCUCAUUGUCUUCCUGCAACACCCUCAUCAGAGAGGAGGGUUCAUCCCCAUAAAUACAAGGCUGGAGGUGUCCGAGGCACAUUCAGCACUCUAGCCCUCUAGGAAGGAAAGAGCGCUCCAUCCGCCCUCCAGGAACCAGCCAUGAACUUUCUCUCCACAAGUAAGCGCCUUCAGCGCGGUGGCCUUCUCACUGGGGCUGCUCCUGGCGACGGCUACUGCGUUCCCCACUUCUGGACCCCUGGAAGUUUUGGAAAAAGAUGCCACCCCCGCAAAGCCAUUAUCGCUCAGUACUCCAGAACAAACCGAAGGACUCAUCACUCACAUCAUCAUGGAAAUCAAUGACCUGAAUGGGAAGAUGUGCAGCAAGGGUAUCAAGUGUGAAGGCGACAGCCAUGUAAUGGAAAAUAACAAACUUCACCUGCCCAGGUUGGAAGAUGAUGAUGGAUGCUUCGAAACUGGAUUCAAUAAGGAGGAGUGCCUGACAAGAAUCACCUAUGGUCUUAGCGGCUAUGAGAAAUACCUGGCCUACAUCGAGGGCAAGUUUGAGGGUGAUAUAAAUGAAGCUGUGGCUUUGGAUCUGGGCACAAAACACCUGAUUGAUGUCCUGAAGCAGAAGUUGUCUAAUCCAACUCAAGUCACCGCUAACCCGACCACAGAUAGUGAAGUGAUUGCGGAGCUGGACUCCCAGGAGGACUGGCAGCAGUACACAGCCAUUCACAUCAUCCUGGUCAACCUGAAGGAGUACCUGCACAAAACCCUCAGGGCCCUGCGCCAUAUUGGCAUCUAA